CAUCUCCGUGCCCAGCGCCAUGAAUGGAUGGGCAGUCAGUCUGUCAUGUCAUGUGUCUUCUGCCUCUUCUGUUUUUUUCUUUCUUCUCUCCAUUUCUGCGUGAAUCUCAGGCAGAUAGGCCUCCAUCAAAAAACAAAGAUCGGUCUUCCCUCCCACUUCCCGUAUCUAAUACUUUCGUCUCCGCCGCUCCGGCGAGUCGCAUAAUCCUUCAGAAACUUCAGGUAAUCAGUCAGAACCCCCGAAAAGGGAAACAGGAGGUUGAAAUUCUUCUUCUUCUUCUUCUUCAAUUAAAGAUCAUUUCCCGGCAAUUCAAUUUAGCAACCUCCGAUUUCUUUGGGAUCCAGCUCACACCGCGUCCUUCGUUUUUUUUUUUUUUAUUCGGCUGGGAGCUCGCUCAGGCUUUCUGAAUCGGGGAUGUCGAGUGGAAAUGCAGACAAGGAAAUGAUGGAGCACGAGGGUGCUCAACUCGAUCAACACGCUGAGAACAAAGGAUUGGAUGAGAGCGGAGAUCACAAAGUUUCCGACGGAAACGCCGAUAACAACCCUUCUCCCUCGCCGGAGCAGGAGGAGCAAAUAAUUCGGAGCAAGUAUGGAGGGAUUUUGCCCAAGAAGAAGCCAUUGAUAUCCAAGGAUCACGAGCGUGCUUUCUUUGACUCUGCGGAUUGGGCAUUGGGAAAGCAAGGAGCACAAAAGCCUAAAGGACCUCUUGAAGCUCUCCGCCCCAAAUUGCAGCCGAAUCGACAACAGCAAUCGAGAGCCAGGCGAUCAGCUUAUGCUCGUGGCGAAGGUGGAAUGGCACCUGAUGAUCAGACUUGCCCUACCGAUGACGAACCUGGCCAAUCGAGCGAAUCAGCAACAGCUGAGGAGCAGAGUGAGCAAUCCCAAGUUCAAUAGGCUGCCUCCCCUCAUUCAUGCGAGGUUGAUUUUUGCUGCUGUUCAUUCAAUAUGCACUAUGGGUUUGGGAGUUGAACAUGAACUAGACAUGGGUGGAUUUUCUGAAUAACCAGGAGUUGAGAUGUGUUUUUACCCCUUGCUGCUGCGUCUGUUUUCUACUAUUUAGGGAUGUGAUUCAUUCAAGACUCUGUAGAAGUGCUUGGGGAGGAUUGAAUCGAACCAGAGCGAGCGAAGUCCAAGUUAUGUUUUUGCAUUAAUCUACUCUUUGUUUUCUUUAGUUAAGACUUUGAAUAUUAAUUGCACUAGUCCACCAUUCGAAGAGAGACGAUCUGGUUCUAUGAAAGUCGAAUUUAUUGCCUGGAUCAUCAAACUACCUACGUGAUUAAGCUAUAAGACUGUUUCAAUUAAAUGGAGUUAUGGAC